ACGAUCUAUGAGGCAGCAUGUUUUGCUCCUUAUGGGUGCCACCCACAUCAUGACGUCAACCAGAUGAACAUUUCAUUCUGUCUUCUUUCUGAACCCUUUUCACUUUUAUUUCCUUUUCCAUCAUGCUUGAGUUUACAACUCAAGUUUAUAAUGUAUGUUUUAAUUAUUAAUGAAUAAAAAUGAAAUGAACCUAAAUUUAUUGGAAUGAUGACAUAAAAUCUCUGUAUCAACAAUCUUCAAAAAUCUUCUUUGCUUUACCUUUCUGCCAUUGAACAAUAAUCCACAGUUAAACCAGUUCUCCCAAAUUGUCACUUGCUUUAAGGCAUUGCCACAUAUAUGUUUAUAUUUAAAUUUGAACGGGAAUUCAUUAAUGGAUUUCCAUGUGAUAACCCUGGUUAAAAUUGUCUCUUUUUUCUUCUCUGAGUUUCUGUUUGAAUAAAUGGUGGUGGACUUUUUACCUACAUCAUAAGAGAAACUUUGGACUACAAACAUGGCUACCUGGGGACUUCCUGUCACACAGGUGCUAGACUGAUUACAAACAUUACAAAUGAGAGGAGAGUCUCUCGGACAUCAGCUGGGAAAGGCCUGACCAGAGUGAAUAUUUGGGAGGGGCAUGUCCGGAGUGAACCAAGCACAAUGUUGACAGCCACAGAACACACAUUAUUAUGGAUUACAUUAUGAAGGAUUACCAAGACGUUGGAGAAGAGUACCAACCGCAUUGGUGGAAGAUGUUGGAAAUCUAUCUACCAUUGGGUGAGACCUUCACAUGCUUCGUCCCUGGACAGAUCCGCUUUCUUUUGAUUCUCCCGGACAAAACGCGCACGCUCGUGACGCGCGACGCCACGCUGCGCAGGUUGGAUGCUCGAGCGCACCACAAGCAGAUUGAGGUUUUCACACAGAAGGAUCCCCCGCGCUGGUGCUGUGGAUCAGUCCUCCGUGCCCCUUCCAUCCAGGCGAGGUGAGAGCGGCUCACAGCGCGCAGACGGACCAGUGCGUUGGGUGAGGAUACACCGCAGAGCGCACGGCUCACGCAGGACUCUGCUCCACGCAACUCCAACACAAAUGGAUAUUUACGUGGCAAUUUUGUCCUUUUUCUGCUUCACCAAGCCAGCUUUUGGUUUUGGCUCAGAUCAGGACUACCAGAUCGAUAUCAUCAACGAACUUGACUCCGCAAACGCCACCUAUGGAAUUACGCAGGUGGCAGGACUUCACAACGCCAGCAAAGCCUUCAUUUUUCGAGAUGUCGGCAGAGCUGUUCAGGCCCCUCCCCACAUCACAGAGAAAGUGGUGCAGCUCUUCAGGGGCAAAGGCGAAUUCACCUUCCUGGCUUCCAUCCAGCAGAAGUCCUCCACAUCAGGAGUCAUAUUCUCAAUCCACGAGUCUGAACACAGCUACUUUGAGCUGGAGAGCAGCGGCGUGAGGGAGGAGAUCCGCUACCACUACCGCUUCAAAGGCAAGCCGCGCUCCGAGUCCUUCCCCUACCGUCUGGCUGAUGGCCAGUGGCACAAGAUCGCUCUCACCAUCAGCGCCUCUCACCUCCUGCUGCAUGUGGACUGCAACAGGAUUUAUGAGCGGGUGAUAGACCCUCCUCAGAUGGAGCUCACCUUGGGCAGUGGAGUGUGGCUAGGACAGCACAGCCACAAGCAUGGUCUGUUCAAGGGAGUUAUUCAAGAUGUGAAGCUGAUCUUUGCUCCCAAUGGCUACAUCACACAGUGUCCAAAUCUUAACCGCACCUGCCCAACUUGCAGCGACUUCCUUAACCUCGUGCAAGGCAUCAUGGACCUGCAGGACGUACUUGCAAAGAUGACCCUAAAGCUGAACUAUGCUGAGUCAAGGCUGACUCAACUUGAAGGCUGUCACUGCGAGAGGACCUGCAGCGCCAAUGGUCUGGUGUAUCGGGAUAAAGAGCUGUGGGUGGAGCCUGAAAACUGCAGGAACUGUGCAUGUAAGAAUGGAGUGGUGGAGUGUCGCAGGAUUUUCUGUCCUCCAGCAAAUUGUUCAGAAGACAUGCUUCCAGUGCACGUAGAAGGAACCUGCUGCAAAAUAUGCAGACCAAAAUGCAGCUACAUGGGACAGACGUUUUCGGAGGGCCAACGCUUUCUAUCCAGGAGCUGCAGGGAAUGCAAGAAUGGCUUGAUGAUAAAAGUGACGGAAACUUGUCCAGAACUCAACUGUACCAUCAUGGAGCAGAUCUUACCAGAGGGCAGGUGCUGCAAUGUUUGCAGAGGUUAUGACUUUUGUGCAGAGGGACUAAUUUGUGGAGAAAACUCCGAGUGUAAAAACAGGAAUACUAAAGCAGAGUGCGAAUGCAAGAGUGGCUAUGCUUCCAUCCAUGGGGAUUCUACCUAUUGUGAAGAUAUUGAUGAGUGUGCAACGCAGAUGCAUUACUGUCAGGCCAACACGGUGUGCGUCAACCUUCCUGGCAACCAUCGGUGUGAUUGCCUGCCAGGUUUCACCAGAGUGGAUGAAUACUCCUGCACUGAGCAUGACGAGUGCGCAAGCGGCCAAAGUUUGUGCGACGAGAACGCCAUCUGCACCAACACCAUCAGAGGACACCUGUGCACCUGCAAGCCGGGCUACGUGGGCAACGGCACCAUCUGCAAGGCAUUCUGUGAGGAAGGAUGUCGGAGUGGAGGGACCUGUGUGUCUCCAAACACCUGCGUGUGUCCUUCAGGAUUUACAGGACGGCACUGUGAGACAGAUAUUGAUGAAUGCGCGGAGGGCCUCAUUGAAUGUCACAACCAUUCCCGCUGUGUCAACCUGCCCGGCUGGUACCACUGUGAAUGCAGAAGUGGUUUCCAUGACAAUGGAUCCUACGAACUUGACGGGAGCUCCUGCACCGACAUUGAUGAGUGCAGUUUGCAGACACACACCUGCUGGAAUGACAGCGUGUGCGUGAACCUGCCCGGAGGCUACGACUGCGUCUGCGUUUCUGGUCCGGGCUGCAGUGGCGACUGUCCACAAGAAGAAGGAAUCAGACGCAACGGAGAAGACUGGAAGCCAAAUUUUGACCACUGUGCCAUUUGUUCCUGCAAGGACGGACAGACAUACUGCAGAAGGAGACCUUGUGACUGCGAAGACCCAGAGGAGGAUCUGUUAUGUUGUCCGGGCUGUGACAACAAGCCCGCCAGUCAGUGUUUGGACCAGAGCGGGCGAACGCUCUACCGCAGCGGAGCGUCUUGGAUGUAUGGUUGCCAGCAGUGUCGCUGCAUGGUGGGGGAGGUGGAAUGCUGGCCUUUGGUUUGUCCCGUGUUGAUGUGCGAGCACACAGCGGUGGCGGAGGGCGAGUGUUGCCCUCGCUGCAUCACAGACCCCUGCCUGGCUGAAAACCUGUCCUAUGAUAUCCGGCAGACGUGCAAGGAUCCCACAGGUGUCACCCGCCUCAGCGGGGACACAUGGCACAUGCCCCAGUCACCCUGCACCACCUGCAAGUGUAAGGUAGGUAUGCAAAAAAAGGAAUAAAUACAAACUGGAAACUGUUCAUUCUACAACAUAACUUCACAAAAACUGUGUUUUUUUUUUUUUGUUUUUUUAUUUAAAGUUGCAGUCAUGCCAUUUUUCACUUUCUGCCUCCUAGAUUAAAAAAAGCAGAAAAAUAAGUCGCAUACACUGAGGUAACCUGGUGUCUUGGAAAAAUCUGAUUACAGGAGAAAUCACUUUAGUCAUUGACAUACGCAGCCAUAAUCCAGUUUACACACCCACAAUUUCAC